CAAUUAAAGAUGGAAUCUCAAGAAAAUUUUGUUUGUUCACACAAUUUAAAUGAACCCACAUUUUGUUUUGUUAUAAUUAAUCUACAAUGUGCCAAAUUGUGAAGUAGAUUACUUGUGUAAUCAAAAUAAUCUGCUCAAACAAAGUUUGAUUAAUUUCCUUUCUUAUCUGAUUCUCCUCGACCCUCCUCCCUUCCCCUUUCUUCUUUCUCCUUUCUCCUGUAAAAAUUUACACUCCUUAAACUUAAAAUCCCAAUAUUUAUUUAUUUUUUUUGAACUCCAAAAUUCAUCACUCAUUUUCUCUCUCCUCAAGAAAAUGGACCUCCAUCACCACCCUCAAACCAACGCAACCACCACCAACACUAACAACCCGAAUCCAAGUAGAGCAGAAGCAGAACGUCUACUGGGUAUAGCUGAAAAGCUUCUUCAGACCCGAGAUCUAACUGGGUCUCGUGAAUUUGCCCUUCUUGCUCAAGAAACGGAGUCUCUCCUUGAAGGAUCCGACCAGAUCUUGGCUAUAACUGAUGUUUUACUCGCUUCGGAAAAACGGGUCGUUAACAAUCGCCACCAUGAUUGGUACGCUAUCCUUCAAACUAAUCGUCAAUCUCUCGCCUCGGAUCCGGAUCUCCUCAAGAAGAAUUACCGCCGUCUCGCUCUUCUUCUCCACCCGGAUAAGAACCGGUUUCCUUUAUCCGACUCUGCUUUUAAGCUUGUAGCCGAUGCGUGGGCCGUCCUUUCGGAUCAAUCCAGGCGAGGAUUGUAUGACCACGAGCUGAAUGUCUACUCAAAGGUGGAUCUCCGUCAGCAACCUCAAUCAGGACCCGAUAAAGAUAAAUUACCGGUAAGACGGAGCCCACGCGGUGGGGGACCCGGUACAGGUGGUGGUGACGGAGGGUUAGAUCCCUCACCAACACCAGUUUCCCAGCGACCUAUGUCAGGUAGCAAUAACAGCAACCAAUCUCGAACCAGUGCUGGACGAAGAUUCGGUACUGGUAGCAGGCUGGCCAAUUUCUGGACAGCCUGCCCGUAUUGUUACGUACUCUAUGAGUACCCUAGGGCAUACGAAGACUGUUGUCUUCGAUGCCAAAAUUGCGAACGAGCUUUCCAUGCUUCGGUAUUAAGCUCACUCCCACCAUUAGUACCAGGAAAAGAAGCUUAUUAUUGUUGUUGGGGAUUCUUCCCUUUGGGAUUUUCACUUGAUAGUAAUGCUAAUAGCAAUAAAGGGAAAAAGAAGAUUAAUUCUGAUACCAACGAUGUGAAUAACAAUAGUGUUAACGGUGAUAAUACUACAAAUAAUCAUAAUCUGAAUUCGGGUUUUCCAAAUUGGAUGCCGGCUGGUAUGUUUACAACACCAGUAGCUUCCGCUGUGCCUCAAGGAGGCGGGGCGAGUAUGAAUAUGAAUAUGAAUAUGAAUGUGCCGAAUGUGAAUGUAUCUGCAACUGGUGGGUUUGAUAUGUCAGAUGGAAGUGCAUCAGCUGGUUUUGCUAAUAACAGUCAUAAUAAUGCUUCAACCGGAUUUGGGACUGUGCCGAUGAGGAUGAGUGGUGCUCCGGGGACUAAAAAGCGAGGUCGCCCAAGGAAGAAUCCAUUGUAAUGGGGUUGGAUGGGGAAUAGCAUGAAAUUUUUGCUGGUGAAAAUGUAGGAAGGGAUGAAAAUUGUAGGAAAAUAUGGAAAGAUUUGUUCUGAUGAUGAAAUGAAGAAAUUUGUUGAUGGGGAUUUUAAGCUGUUGGGUUUAUUGUUUUUGGUUUAAAAUUUGAGUUUUCGAAUUGGGUUUUCGUUUCUAAGUUUAGAUGUACUUUAAAUUAUGUAACUUUUAGUACUAACCACAAGAAUUAUGUAAGAUUGUAGUGAAUUAGUAAUGGUAGAGCUAGAGAGCUCUUGUUUUGUUUGUA